AUGUUUCGUACAAGGGAUAAUAAAGAAAAUAACAUUAUUACUGUUACUUCCAAGGACAAUGAGAAUGGAUCUCUUGGCCAGGAAGAACACAGAGAGUUGACUUUGGAAGACGUCACUCCAAAGUUAACAAAGUUUUGGUUUCGGUAUCCUCAUUUGUUAAAAUUAAAUACAUUCUUAGGAUGUGCUCUUCUUGGCCAAGUUACCUUGGGCUACGAUGGUAGUAUGAUGGGUAACUUACAAACCUUACCAAGUUGGUCAAAAUAUUUUAAUAACCCUCAUGGUAAGGUGUUGAGUACAAUGACAAACGGUAUAACCAUCGCCGCUAUUUGUAUUACUAUUAUUGGUGCUGCUUUGCAAGCCGCUUCAGUUAGUUUUGGUAUGUUCCUUGCAUCUCGUAUCAUCCUUGGUUUUGGCUCUGCUGGAAUGCAAGUCUCUGCUGCUCCGUUAUUAGCCGAAGCUUCGUACCCAUCACAGAGACCUAUAAUGACUAGUAUGUUGCAGGCAACAUUUCCAGUCGGUUCUUUUAUGGCAGCAAUUUUAACUUGGGGUCCUUACCAAUCAGAUAUGAAAUACAACAACUGGUCUUGGCGUUUACCUUCUUUACUUCAAGCUUUUGUCCCUUUAAUUCAAUUAGUUUUGGUUUUCUUCUGUCCAGAGUCACCUAGAUGGCUCAUUGCUCACGGAAAGGAAGAAGAAGCUUUCGAAAUAUUGACUCAUUAUCACGCAGCUGGUGAUAGGGACAGUGAGCUUGUAAGAUUUGAAAUGGCUGAAAUCAGUGCAGCUAUUGCCAAAGAAAGAAUUGGAAGGCGUGUUUCUUGGGCAACUUGGUUCUCUUCCAAGGCAAAUAUGCAUAGGUUAUUUAUCACCCUUGCGUUGCCAUCUAUUCUUCAAUUAUGUGGGUCUUCACUUAUUGCUUACUACUUCUCGAUUGUUCUUCAAGAUAUUGGCAUUACAGACGCAAGUGACAAAUUGAAAAUUAACAUUGGUUUAACACUUUUUGGUGGAGUUUGUGCUCUUUUAUUUGCCGUCUACACUGCUGCAAUGAGACGUAAAGUCUUGAUGUUAGGAAGCCUUGGAGCAAUGUGUGUAACAUUCAUUAUUUGGAUUGUAUUAGCCGACAUAAAUGAAAAAACCCACUUCAAGAACAAGUCCUUGGGUAGAGGAAUUAUUGCUCUCCUUUACUUCGAUAUGGGGUUUUAUCAUGCAUUUUCUCCAAUUGGAAACACCUAUGUUAUGGAGAUUGUUCCUUAUACAUUACGAGGAAAAGCUUCAAUUUUGUAUUCCUUGGCCAGUCAAGUUUGGAUUUUUUACAAUAACUACGUCAACAAUCUUGGAAUGGAUUCCAUUUCAUGGAGAUAUUACAUUGUUUACUGCGUUUUAUUAUUUACGCAUAUGAUCGUUAUCUAUUUCUACUUCCCGGAGACUAAAGGAUUGGGAUUGGAAGAAGUUGCAAAAGUUUUUGGGGAAGAUAUUUCUGACUUGAUGUUGGAAGCUCAACAUGCUAUUGAAGAACCAGUUCAUACUAAAAAGUUAGAUGUUGAACAUGUUGAAGAUGUUUCUCCUGAGAAGUCAGAAACAUGA